AUGUUUACAACUAGUAUAUUUCUUUCUCUUUGUCUGGUCACCAUUGCAUAAUGGGAACUUUUAAGUGAAGAUUUACUUGGAUUCUCUGUUUCUGGAGCUAAAUGGAAUUAUAGAGGUUCAUGUGAUUGGAAUAGUGGAAGUAUGGGUGGAGGUGGAGCAGUUGGGCAGUGUUCAGAUAAUGAUAUCUAAUACAUUUUAGUAGGGAGUUAUAAUGAUAGAACAUACUACUCAGUGUUAAAUUUGCCUCCUCAUUACUAAGUCAAAGUUAUAGUGGAUGGCUAUUUUUUAGAUUCCUCAGGUAGUAACUUUUAUUAUAUUUCCUAUGAUGUCUAAGGAUCAUCAACAUCUACUUAUUCAUUACAAUAUAAGGAUAAUGUAUUAGCAACUUAUUAAGUAGCCUGUAGAUCAUCAAAUUGGAAUAAUUUUGAGAUAUAAACUUUUAUUAUGACAUUCUCUCAUAAUGAUAAUAGUGAAGUAAGAUUUCGAGUUUGUGGAACAAAUUUUGGUAGUAGUAGAAAUUAUGGUGUAAGAAGUUUAUAGAUAUAUGUUAAUAAAUGUCAUUGGUCAUGUUUAAAAUGUAGUUCUAGCAAUUAAGCAAAUAAUUGUUUAGCUUGCUUUACUAAUCCUUCUACUACUUUAGGUUCCCCUUCAACCUGUAGUAGUUGUCCUGCUAAUUAAGCCUUUAUUGAAUAUAUUGAUGAUAUAAAAAGUUGUGUAAUAGAAUGCAAUUAUUAUCGGGUUCCAGAUUCCAAUAAAGUAUGCUAAUUUGAUGAAAGUAUUUAUCUUAAAUUUAUUUAGAUAUGUUACCCUAUACAACAUAUUUUGUCACUUCAACUUUUAGUUCUACAUCUCCUUGGGUAUUUGUUCCUGAUCCAAUUUAUUACAAUUUAGUAUUUUCAUAAAAGAUUGGAACUAUUCCUUGCUAAACAAGCAAAAACUAUGUUGGGCCAUUUUUUUAUAAUGAAGGAUUUAGUGUAACCCUCUCUAUUCCUUAUAAUAUAUCAUAUAUACGAUUUAGAGCAACAAUUGUAAAAUUAAAUAAUUGGGCUGAUUAUUCAGCAGUUCAUGUAUUAUUAGAUAAUGUGGAAUUUGCAUCUGUUUAUACAUUAAGUUAAGUAUUAACAGGUCGAAAUGUUGAUAAACUAUAUUCUGAUUCUAAUUGUACAAGUCCAAGUGUUGGAUAUUAUAGAUUAGAAGCUAAAUUAAAAUCAAAUAUAACUAAUCCGAUAUUGUUGUUAUAAGGAUCUAUGGAGUAUUUAUAUAUUUAAUACUUAAAGUUUAUCUGGCUCGUAAUUAUGGGGCUUUAGAGAUGUAGUUAUGGAUAUUAUGAAAUGCUAAUCAUCAUGUAGUUGGUGUGAUUUUGAUUUGAAAUGCUAUGCUUGUUCUACAGGAUUUCUUUAUAAAAAUAGAUGUGUACCUAGUUGUCCAACUCACUCAGUAUAAACAACUGGAGUUUGUACAGAUUUUGAUCAAGCAGUAGAUAGUAUUAAUUUUAUUAAUAUUUAGAUUCAAAAUAUUUAAUUAAAGCAUUUUAUGAUUCUUCCAAUACUACUGAUACAGAUGUAAGUACUAUUGUAGGAACAAUGACAACUGGAGGCACAGAUUUUAAAACAUCAGAUCACUUUUUAAGCACUAAUAUUGUUGUGUAUUUUAGUUAUUACAUGGGUAAGCGAGUAUUAGGAGGUCCAUUAGUUUGGAACAAAGCUACAUUUACUAAAACAUACACUUUAAAUCCACAUUAUCAAUUUAGAUUAAAAUUUACAUUAGUUUUAGGAGAUAAUUUUUAAGGAAAUUUUCAAUAUACAAUUGGAGGUGUUUCUUAGACAAUAUCAUAUUCUUAGUGUGCAAAUACAGUAGAUAAUGUUGGUAGGUCUCAAUAAGAUAGAUUCAUUACAAUUGAUAGGACAGAAGUGCAUACUACAAAUAGUUUUUCAGUUUAACUUAGAUGCAGUUCUACAUAACAAAUUGAAAAUAAUUUUUGCAUUGUUUAUGAUUAUUUCAUUAUAAUUUUAGAAGUAAUUAAUAAAUAAUAUUUAGUGCACUUAAUAUUGUACUGCUUGUACUGGUCCAACAUGGGCAUAAUGUACAGGAAAAUAAACAUUACCAACAGGUAUGUCAACACCAUCAACCUGUGUUGACAAUACUUAUUAUUUAGAUAAUACAGUUACUCCUGCAGUUUGUAGAACAUGUACACCUACUUAUUGUUUAGAAUGCUAAAAUUCUUAUAUUUGUACUAAAUGUGCAACUAACUUUUAUUUGUAAAAUGGAAAUUGUUAAUGUUAUCCUUGGACCUAUUUAACAGGUUCAAAUACUUGUGCAAAUUGUCAUGAUUUAUGUGAUUCAUGUUAUGGUCCAAAUAGUAAUUAAUGUUUGUCUUGUAAAAGUUCUUAACAUCGAUAUUUGAAUAACAAUACAUGUGUUUGUUAAAGUAAUUAUUAUGAUGGUGGUAUAAAUAAUAAUUGUUAAUCAAUUUGUGGAGAUAUGAUAGUCACAGAAGGAGAAGAUUGUGAUGAUGGUAAUACAAUUAGAUUUGAUGGCUGUAAUGAUUGCAAAUAUGAAUGUUAAAAGGAAUGUUUGACCUGUGUUAAUGGAUAAUGUUCUGUUUGUAUUGCUGGUUACACACUUUAAAAGACUAUGAAAAGAUGUUAUCCUACAUGUGGAAAUAAUUCUAUUGUUAGUCAAGAAUAAUGUGAGGAUAAUAAUUUGACUCCAUAUGAUGGUUGUUAUAAUUGUUAAUUUUAAUGUUAACCUUAAUGUACAAAUUGUAUUUAUGGAAAAUGUUAUGAUUGUGAUAAUUCUAUUGGAUAUUAUAUUAAUUUAGCCACUUUUAAAUGUGUUACUUUUUGUGGAGAUUUAAUUAUAGCAGGAGAAGAAAUGUGUGAUGAUGGAAAUAAUGAUCCUUUUGAUGGUUGUAUUAAUUGUGCUUAUUCAUGUGAUUCUUUUUGUGAUUUAUGUAUAUUUGGUGUUUGUACAAAGUGUAAAUCAGGAUUCUAAUUAUUAAGUAAAAGUGGUUAAUGUGCUCCUAUUUGUGGAGAUAAAAUUGUUACAUAUUAUGAAGCAUGUGAUGAUGGUAAUUUAAUUAAUUAUGAUGGAUGUGAUUAAUGCAAUCUUAUUUGUUAAGAAUAAUGUACAUCUUGCAUUCUUGGAACUUGCUAUGAAUGUAAUACACCUGGAUAUUAAUUAGAUAGAAAAUUAUAGAAAUGCAUUUCUAUAUGUGGAGAUAAUGUAUUAACUCCAUUAACUGAAUAAUGUGAUGAUGACAAUUAAACAAUAGAAGAUGGAUGUUUUUAAUGUAAAUAUGAAUGUUAGGCUGAAUGUUUAACAUGUGCAGCUGGAAUCUGUUAUAGAUGCAAAUCAAAUUUUUAUCUUAAUUCUGAAAAUACUUGUCUUCCUAUUUGUGGUGAUGGAGUUAUUUCUAAAUUUGAAUCUUGUGAUGAUUUCAACUUUAUUAUUUAAGAUGGAUGUUCAAAUUGCUCUUACUAAUGUGAAUUACCUUGUACUCAAUGUAUUUUUGGUGUUUGUAAAUCUUGUCAAACUGGAUAUUAUUUAAAUCAAUCUAAAAGGAAAUGCUUUCCUAUUUGUGGUGAUUAAAUUAUCUAAGGAGAUGAAUAAUGUGAUAUUGGUAUCAUUCUAUUCGAUGAAGCUAUUAAAAAUAAUACAGGUUGUAUUAGUUGUUAACUUUAAUGCUCACCAUAAUGUGAAAUUUGUGCUUAAGGUUUAUGUUUGAAAUGUAAAGAGUCUUUAGGAUGGUAUUUAGAUUAUGAAACAUCUAUUUGUUAUAGUUAAUGUGGAGAUUCUAUUAUAAGCGAUUAUGAAUAGUGUGAGGAUUCUAAUUCUUAACUAAAUGAUGGAUGCAGUCAAUGUGUUUUUAAAUGUUAACAAGAAUGUUCAAUAUGUAUAUUUGGAUUAUGUUAACAAUGCAUAUCUGGAUAUACAUUAAUUAAUUAAAAAUGUUAAUCAGUAUGUGGUGAUGGGAUAAUAGCCGGAAAUGAAGAAUGUGAUAUAGGUAUUAUUUCCUUUGAUGGAUAUGAAUGUGUAAAUUGUAAAUAUAAAUGUUCAGAAGGUUGUGAUAAUUGUGUUUAUGGUCAAUGUUUAGAAUGUAAAAAUAAUUAUGGAUGGUAUUUAAAUUAACAAAAUUAAUGUGAAUCAAAAUGUGGUGAUUUAAUAAUCAGUAAUUAAGAGAAUUGUGAUGAGAAUUCAUAAAAUUGUGAAAGUUGUAAUUUUAUUUGUGAUGAUAAUUGUGAUUAAUGUUAAUUUGGAAUAUGUUAAAGUUGUAUAACAGGAUAUAAAUUAUUUUUAAAUAAAUGUAUUAACAUUUGUGGAGAUUCAAUUCAAACCAAUAAUGAAGAUUGUGAAAAUGAUGAUAUUAUUCCAUUUGAUGGAUGUUAUUUAUGUUAAUUUUAAUGUUAAAGUGAAUGUCAAUAAUGCAUAAAUGGAGAAUGUAUAUCAUGUUAUGAAAGUAGUGGAUGGUAUCUAGAAAAUAAAAAAUGUGAGACAAAAUGUGGUGAUGGUAUUAUAGCUGGAUUAGAAGAAUGUGAUGUCAAUUUGAAAUUUGAUAAUGGAGAUAUUUCAUCUAAUAAAUGUUUUAAUUGUCGAUUAUCUUGUGUUUAAAAUUGUUUAAAUUGUGAUAUAGGAGUUUGUAAAUAAUGCAAAAAUGGUUACUUUCUAAAUGAUUUAAACGAAUGCGAAAAUAUAUGUGGUAAUUUAACAACUGAAGACUUUGAAGUAUGUGAUGAUGACAACCUAAAUGGUUUUGAUGGAUGCUUCUAAUGCUAAUAUGAUUGUUAACCUGAAUGUUAAGUUUGUAUUAAUGGAGAAUGCAUUAAAUGUGAAGAUGGAUUUUAGUUUGAUAAUGAUACUUCUAAAUGUAAAUCUAUAUGUGGAGAUAUGAAAAUUACUUAAUAUGAAGAGUGUGAUGACGGUAACGAUGUACCUUACGAUGGAUGCUAUAAUUGUAAGUAUUCCUGUACAGAAAAUUGUGAUAAUUGUAUAAAAGGAGUUUGUUACACUUGUUUAUAAGGAUUUGUCCUUGAAUUUCCAAAAUGUGUACCUGAUUGUAGAGAUAUAAGUCAAAUUUAGUAUCUUAAUAAAUGUUAUUAAAAAGAAUGUUAAAGAGAAUGCAUAAUUUGUAUUGAAGGAUAUUGUUAUUAAUGUUAACAUGGUUGGUAUUGGAAUGAAGUAGAAUAUAUUUGUGAAAGCAUUUGUGGAGAUGAAAUAAUAGUAGGAUAAGAGUAAUGUGAUAUGUCUAUAAGUUAUGCAAGAGAUGAUUCUUAAUGUAAUAAUUAAUGCUAAUUUGCAUGUCCAUAAUAUUGUGAUAAUUGUUCAUUUGGUAUUUGUCAAUAAUGUUAAAGAGGAUAUUAUUUAAUAGAAAAUGAAUGUCAUAAUUAUUGUGGUGAUACUAUAAUGACUGAGUAUGAAAGAUGUGAUGAUGAUAAUAUUUUACCAUUUGAUGGGUGUUUUUAAUGUAGAUUUGAUUGUGAAUAACAAUGUUCUUUAUGUAUUGAAGGUAAAUGUGAGAUUUGUUUUAAUGGUUAUGAAAUAAGAAAUGGACGUUGUAUUUCUGUAUGUGGAGAUGGUAUAGUUACUAUUGAUGAAGAUUGUGAUGAUCAAAAUUCUAUUAAAUAUGAUGGUUGUCAUGAAUGUAAAUUUGAAUGUGAUAAAAAUUGUUAAUUUUGUGAAUUUGGUAAAUGUAUAUUUUGUUAAAAUGGUUUUUAUUUACAAGGUUAGAUUUGUAUUUCAGUUUGUGGAGAUGGUUUUAUUGUUGGAAAUGAGAAAUGUGAUGAUGGCAAUUUAUUUGAUGAAGAUGGAUGUUUUCAAUGUUAAUAUGCUUGUUAAUAAUAAUGUUAAACUUGUAUAUAUGGGUCAUGUAUUCUAUGCAAUGAAGAAGAAGGAUGGCAUUUAACAUCAUAAGGAGAUUGUUAAACUGUUUGUGGAGAUAAUAUAGUAUCUGGAAUAGAAUAAUGCGAUGAUGGAAAUGAAAUAAAUUAUGAUGGAUGUUAUUUAUGCAAUUUUAUUUGUUAAGAUGCUUGUACUAAAUGUGUCAAUGGUUAAUGUUAUGAAUGUAAUACUCCAGGUUGGAGAUUAGAAGACUAUUUUUGUUGGGAGAUUUGUGGAGAUGCAUUAAAGGUUGGAAUUGAAGAAUGUGAUGAUGGUAAUGAUGUUCCUUAUGAUGGAUGUUAUUAAUGUAAAACAUAAUGUGAAGAGGCUUGUACUAUCUGUUCUGAUGGAUAAUGUUAAGAAUGUGUAUAUGGUUGGACAAUAAAUGAGAAACAUAGAUGUGAAACAAUUUGUGGAGAUAAAUAUAUAGUACCUAUAUAUGAAGAUUGUGAUGAUGGUAAUCUAUUACCUUAUGAUGGAUGCUAUAAUUGUAGUUAUUAAUGUGUAUAACAUUGUACUGAUUGCAGGAAAGAUAUAUGUUAUGAAUGUAAUACUAGUGGUUGGACUUAUGAUAGUCAAACUUAAUUGUGUAUUCCUAUUUGUGGAGAUGGAGAGAUUAAUGGAUAUGAAUAAUGUGAUGAUGGAAAUAAAAUUGAAAAUGAUGGUUGUAGUAAUUUAUGUGAAUAUUAAUGUCAUUUUGCAUGUCUUAAUUGUGAUAAAGGUAAAUGUGUAGAAUGUGAUCGUUAUUUGGGAUAUUUUGAAUCAAAUAAAUAAUGUGCAUCAAAAUGUGGUGAUGGAUUAUGGGAAUCUACUACAGAAUAGUGUGAUGAUGGAAAUCUUAUUAAUUAAGAUGGUUGUGAUAAAAAUUGUAAGAUAGAAGUUGAUUGGUAUUGUGACAGUUAAGCAUUGCAAAUUAGUAUUUGUAUUUUCAAAAGAUAACCAACUAUUUAAUUAAAAUUGUUAUCUUAAAAUGAAGGGCUAUCUAAAAUUGAAGUGACAUUCUCAACCUUAAUGAUGCUUUAACCUAAUUUUGUUUUGAUAGAGAAUGAAAACAAUCUAACUGAUACUGAAUAAAUUCUCUUCUUGGUUACAAUUGAUUAAUUAACAGAAGGGGAUUAUGAAUAUAAUAUUGAACCAGUAGUUAGUAUUUAAAAUUUCCCUUAGGAUAUUAAAUACAUCAUUAAUUUAAAUCUUUUAAAAAAUGUUUAAGUUGAUCAAAUUAAUGUUUUGGUAAUUGUUGAUAAACGAUUAAUUAUUACUGAAGAUUAUGUCAGCUUAGAGAAGAAUUCUGAUCAGAUUAGAAUUCCUGUUCCAUAUAUUAGUAGUUCAUAAGCUUAAAAAGUAGUUGAACUAUUUUCUAAUGCAAAUGAAAUUUCAUAAUAUGCAGCAUUAAGUGUUUCUAUGAUUAGUAUAUUUUCUUCAGGUUAUUCAAAUCUCUUUAUGACUCUUGAUACAAUCUAAUAUCUUUAUUAUACUAGAUAUAUUAAUUUGGAUUUUCCUGAGAAUUUGUAAUAAACAAUGGACAAUUUAAAAAAGUCUUCUUUGAGUUCUCUGAUAAAUAAUAAACUUGGUGAAACAGGAUUACCCAAAAAUAUUGCUUAAUAACCUAAUUAAACAGUUUAAGAAAUGCCAAAUAAAUUUAAAUAAGAUAAUUUGUAGUAUUAAUUUGCUUACAAUAUAAAAACAACAGCUGUUUCUUUAUCAGCUGGUUUGAGUAUCUUUCUAACAACUUUAACCAUAUCUAAAUUACUUCAUUUGAUUCCACCUCAUAAAUUAAAUGAUCUUGGUUCUAUAAUUGGUGGAGGAAUAUUGAAAGUAAGAUCAAAAUGUACUAAGAUGUCUAAUGACUUUGUUUAUUCAGGAGCUAUUAGAUUAAUAACUAUUAAUUUUUAUGAAAUGCAAUUUGCAUCAUUAUUAUAAUUAACACAUGUUGAUUUCACUUCUAAUAGUAAUAUUGCUAAUGCAAGUGGAGCAAUUGCAACUCUAGCCUUCUCCUUUAUUUUUACUACAGUACUAGUUCACAGAAUAAGAUAGAUUUAAACUAAAUAAUCUAUCACAAUGAAACAUUAUAUACAAACUCUUUUGCAAUAGGAUGAUAAAAGUCUUUAAAAGUCAACAUGGUAAAUGUAGUAUAACACAAUAUUGCUUGUCAAAAAGUCAAUAUAUAUGUUUGCAAUUGUUUGUUUCUAAAAUUAAGGUUUUUAUUAAACAAUUGUAGUUGCUACAUAAGCUGCAGCAUUUGUUACUUAUUUGACUGUAUCUUCACCAUUUUCAAAUAAUGAAGAUUAAAUUAAAUAGAUAAUUACAGAAUUAGGAAUGCUUGCAAAUACUUUAAGCUUUAGUGCUUAUUAUACACAUGAAUACUUUUCAAUACCAAAAGAAAGUUUAAAUUAAUUAGGAUGGUUUAAUAUAGGUAUAUUUAGUACAAUUUUAACUUCAAAUUUAGCAAUUGAUGUUACUACAUAAAUUAGAUUGUUUUAUAAGAAAGCAAAGAAAGCAUUUAAUAAAUUUUUAGAAUCUUAAAUGCCUAGUAAAUCUAGAGUUUAACCAAUAUUUGUAUGA